CAUAUAUAGCAACAUCUUCUUCCUUUUUUUUUCUUCUUCUUCUUCUCCUCUUUAAUUUCUUGAUUCUUCCCACCUUAUUUUCUCACUAGUCUCCCCUUCUUGCCUUUAUAUAAUCUUUAGGGAUAUAAACUCACAAGGAGAUAUAUAUAUAUAUAUAUAUAUAUAUAUAUAUAUUUAAAGGAGAAAAUGAACAGGUAUCCAGGAGACUGGGAUUGCAGGGCAUGCCAGCACCUCAACUUCAGCCGCAGGGAUACGUGCCAAAGGUGCGGAGAAGCAAGGAUUGGUGGAGGAGGCGGGAAAGUUAAUGGGAGCAAGUCCUCGGACGCCAAGCCCGGGGACUGGUACUGCAUGUGCGGCACUCACAACUUCGCCAGCCGUCCCAACUGCUUCACUUGUGGCACUUACAAGACCGGCUGCGUUGUGGCUGCCGGCGCCUUUGAUGGUUAUGGCUAUACUGGUGUGCCCACUGGCUGGAAGUCUGGUGAUUGGAUUUGCACCAUGCCUGGGUGCAAUGAGCACAACUAUGCGAGCAGGAAAGAAUGCUUUCGAUGCAACACGCCAAGGGACUACUAUGUAUGGUAACCAAUCAGCUUGAUCUCAUUAGUUCCUAGCUAGAUCUCUUCAAGUACUUGCAUCAUUCUUUUUCCUCUACAAUAUUAGAUAAAUUAAACCAGCUGGCUCAUUUAUCUUGUUUCACUUGGCAAACCCCAAGUGAUUUGAAUUACUCAAAAUGAUCAAACUCAUAUAUACAACAUUAAUUGUUGAUGAUGCAUUUU